CGAACAAUAAACACAUAAAAGUAAACAUAAUAGACUAACAGUGAUAAUCAAUUGUGUAUACGGAGCAACGCACACAGAGUGUCCGCAUGUCUUGCCUGCAUGCAGCCACAGUAGACUCUCAGGCUGGUGCGAAUGUUAGUGGACGCUCUCAGAGACAGAGACAGACUGAAUCCUGCAGACCUGCCUCAGGAACGCACGCUCCAGCCACAAGAUGCGCGCUGUGAGCCCCAGCUUGGGAGGAGCUUCGGGUUUUCCACCCGCGUUUCCACGCCAGUCUUGAGUGAAGACUCGCUCGCCAAAGGAGAUACAGGGCCAAAAGGAGCCAGCACAGCUUCUUCCCAAUAAAAUGAGCCCACCAGACACAUCCAACAGCACAGAAGAGGAAGGGGAGGCUGGUGGAACCGAUUCCUUGGCUCUGCUAAAUGACAGCAUGGGUGUACACCCACCUGGUUUCCACACUGACAUCACCAAGCACCUUGGAGUUCAGAUCACCCUGAUAACGGCGUAUUCGCUAAUCAUUCUGCUGGGGCUGCUGGGCAAUGCUCUCGUCAUCUACAUGAUUAUUCACUACAGAAACAUGCGAACAGUGACCAACUUCUUCAUAGCGAACCUGGCCCUUGCGGACCUCUUGGUGAACACGCUGUGCCUGCCUUUCACUCUGGUCUACACUCUGUUAGAUGAGUGGAAGUUUGGGGCUGUGUUGUGCCACAUGGUGCCCUUUGCCCAGGCCCUCAGUGUGCACGUGUCCAUCCUUACCAUGACUGUCAUUGCUCUGGAGCGUUACCGCUGCAUCGUUUUCCACCUCAACCGGCGGCUCACGUGGCAUUCCAGCUUCCUCAUCAUGGCCUUCACCUGGACUAUGUCUUCUGUCUUGGCUGCGCCCUUGGCCAUCUUCAGAGAGUACCGCAACGAAGAGAUACCCUCCAUCAACCUGCGUAUUGCUGUCUGCUCUGAGAAGUGGCCCCAUGGCACCAGCAGGGAUGGAGUCAUUUACAGCCUCUCAAUGCUGCUCCUACAGUACAUUAUCCCUUUAGCCGUCAUUAGCUAUGCCUACAUCUGCAUCUGGGUCAAACUGAAGAAUCAUAUCAGUCCAUCCAGUCGCAAUGACAGCAUCAACCGCCGCAAAAAGACCACCAAGAUGUUGGCGCUGGUGGUGGUGGUGUUUGCCAUCUGCUGGCUGCCCUUCCAUGUGUUUCAGUUGGCCAGUGAUCUGGACCUGGUUCUCAGGUUCAAGGAGUACAAACUGAUAUACACAGUGUUCCACAUCGUGGCUAUGUGCUCCACAUUUAUCAACCCUCUUCUGUAUGGGUGGAUGAAUAAAAAUUACCGUAACGGCUUCCUUAUGGUCUUCCGUUGUGAGGAUAAGCCGGACGCUUUCCACCCAGAGGGUUCGUUCCGGACACGUUCCAUAAGAGGGAUGACACUGAAUGGCCGUAAUGGUGGGCACCCUCCCACUGCUGUAUGAGAGGAACACCUUUUUUUUUUUUACUAUAUAAUAUUGUUGAACACACUGAAUACACCGUUGUUUCGUGUUGCUUGUGGUUCAAAAGUAGCCUUUUGACUCGAAUGGUGUGGUCUUGCAUAUCUUGGUCACUGAGGGCUCAACGCUUUGCAUGUAAAUCGCCUUAUGUAACGGUCUUUACUUUGUGAAUGACACUAGUGAAAAUACAUUCGUCAAACCUAUUGAAAUUUAUGUUGAAAAAUGUUUACUCAGCUGUUAAGUAACUCGGUACAAUGUAUAAUGUGUUUUGUUUGUAAGUAAUGUCCAAAUAAUAACGUUCUCAGCUGCAUAUGCAUCGCCUGUCUGGGGCUUUUCGGUGUGUUUACACUUACACUUCUAUGGUCAAAUGGUGAAACAUUUGAUCGAGUUUAAACCAAUUAUUUUUUCAGUAAUUACAGUGUUCUAGCUGAACUGUGCAUUUAAGGAAUCCAGAGCCGGCUACUGCUGAUUUUCUGUCCCGCCAGGAAGUUAAUUGUGUUCACCUGGCAACAAGCCGUUCCUGAUCAGAUGGACCAGCAGGACUCUGUGUCCAAAGGAAUGGGAUUGAAAAGCGGUGAACCGUGUGAAGUGAGAGCAACAAGUUCUUGAUGUCUUCAUUAGAGAAUGGGAGCAGGCAGUGGGUAGGGUGUUUUGGAAGAAGUUAAAACAUGCAAUGUUUUAUUUAUUACACUUUACUGAUGUAUUUUUUUGGUGGCGUUUUGACAGGGGAAACAUGAACAUUAGUUUGACAUUGAGGAAAAAUGAUGCCUCCAUGUGAAUGAAUAGUAAAUAUCUGAUAAAUUA